CGAAGUGAACAUCCGCCGAAAUUUGAAAACGCCCUCUGAGCCAUUACGUUUGUAGGUGAUAGAUUUUAGCUGGAAUAAGAACUUUUAUUUUUAUCAGUAAAUACAAUGGAUUCGUUCAACGAAGAAGAUAUCAAGAUGUACUUUUAUGAGAACAGACUAAAAACCUUCGAGAAGUGGCCUUUCGACGAAGACUGCACUUGUACGCCCGAGAACAUGGCCAAGGCCGGCUUCAUCCACACACCAUCAGAUAACAGCCCAGACGUCGCCAUAUGCUUCUUCUGCCUUAAAGAAUUGGAGGGCUGGGAACCAGAGGAUGACCCAGAGAAGGAGCACAAAUCUCAUUCAUCCUCCUGCCUCUUCAUCGCUUUAAAGAAAAACAUAGAAGAGCUGACUGUGGAAGAAUUCCUCAAACUGCAGAAGGAGAGACACAAGAGCAUCAUUAUUAAGACUGGAAAGGAUGCCAUCGCCAAGUUUGAGGAGGCAGCCAAACUGAAAAGAGCAGAGAUGAUCAAGACCGCCAUGGAAGAGGAGUGACACCAGAGUAGAAGCAGAUGAAUGAGAUGGGUGGUGUGUGAGGGACAAACUGCCAAGUGACUGUGUGGUUUCUUGGUGAACUGAUCACCAGUCUUUGUUGUUAGUGUUGUAUAUUCUGUAUUGUUUAAAUGCUUUUGUUCAUUAAAUGUGUUCAGUUUUAAUCUUUAUUGUUUUUGUUUUAUUUAAAGUUCAAUUACACCCAGAGAAUAAAAAGAGCAGCCUUUAAUCAUUCA